CUCUUAUUAGUUUUCUCACAUCUCCCCCUUCUAGCGCAUUCAGAAUGCAAAGGCCGUGUGCUGAUGUCUGGCAAUGCAUAAGAAUCCUCUCAUAUACUGACUCGAACCGAGAUGCUGGAUGGCGCGAAUUCGGACCGUUAGGAACAUCCUAUUGACUGGAUCGUCUCAUCUGCUCUCGGGAAUUCCUACCUACUUAGGUACCUAACUUAGUUCAUGAUAUACAAUUAUGCAAGUCCACAUAGUCUACAUUCGCUAUUUUGCCCGCGAGAGGUUUAGUGGCUUUCUCUCCAUCUGUCAAAGCCUAGCUCGAGGUCGAGAUCGCUUAUACCGCUCUUCUCAUUAGCUCUUCUAUCUAAUAGAUUGUCUUCGUCUCAUCAACACUCAAGGCGCCACGUUUCUGCUAGUGUUUCUUUCUUGUCACCUGUCAUUGAUUUUACCUACCGCGUUUAGCCUCGCUUUAUUAGUCGACAUAUCUCCCACCUAGCAGAAACUCACGUCGUCGUUAAUAAGACAGUUAAGCUGCCCUGCUCGUUACAUCACCUGGGACUUCUCAAUACCGAUCAUGACCCAAGUGAAGACCAUACGGAAGACUUAUCCCGGUUAUUCAUUGUCAACUUAUCCUAAAAGGAAAAAGAAUAGUCACAAUCGCCUCAUGGAAAUAGGAGCCACGGUGUAUAUUCCUACACAAACCAUAUGUCUUGACAGCCUCAGCGCGGAAUUAUUAAAUAUUAUAUUUAAACAGUUGAGAGCCAUUGACUCCCGGACGCUAGCUGACGCUCGCCGGUUAUCUAGACGACUGGAAACAAUCAUUACGCCUAUACAUUAUGAAACUAUACAACUUAGCGAACAUAUAAUAGACCCCCUCGCCGAGACCUAUUUCCCUGGUUACUUUGGAAAUAUUUAUUCAUUUACUAGACACGUAGAAGCAAGGAGCAAUCUUGACGCGAAAGACACUAAGCGGGUGUUGGACAGGGUACAAAGACUCUCGACUUUGAGAUGGCGUUAUGUCGAAAAUCAAUCUCUUACAGGCUCGGCCUUUCCUUUCUCGGCACCGUCCGAUAUAUUGAGCCCAUACCACAUCAAUGUUAACAAGACCAAGAUAUAUGUCGAGGACCUGCCUUUAGAGGACUCUUAUAGUGACUUAUACAGCACUUAUACCCAAUAUAUCCCUGCGAGUAAUCUUAUUUCUCUAAAGAUGCAGAGUCCUGCUCUCACGAGAACCAUCGACUCGUUAAAGCGAUUCCUUGUCCAGGCUCAAUGCACACAAAAUCUCAACUAUAACGGCCGUGGCCAAGGGACAAGCUUUGAAUUCAAUGGGAAUGAACGCCUGCCGCCUUUUAAAAUAAUAUCACUUCAAUCAUACGACUGGAACCACAGCGCUGAUGAAGUCCAAAGGCAUUGGAAUUUCUCGCGGAUAGAGCAUUUAACUCUUAUCGACGUGCCCCUAUUCAAAUUCUUUACUUCAGUGCCUAUUGCGGAACUCAACAACCUCCGGACACUCCACUGCGAAGACUUCACCACACAUACCUUGUACCAACGUGAAAACGUGACGAGGAUUCUACACGUACUGAUAGGUCGUAUCGAGGCUCUUCAAAAGAUUAAGAUAACGUGCAAUACGGAAUUAUUUCCAAUAGAUUCGCUAUUUUGUCAUGCGAGCUCGCUCGAGGCUCUGAGCUUCCAAGAUUACACCGGUUUUAGCGACGAGACACGACGGUAUCCCACGAUGCGGGUAGAAGAUCUUACUCAACUCUCCCACGCACUAGUCAAUCUCGAUUAUCUCGAGCUAGGCAUGGACGCAACCACAUGCGACCCUGGCCAGUUCCUCGAGGCGCUCUGCAACUUCCCCCGACUCCACACGCUCAACUUGAACACGCAGACGGUCUGGCGCGCUCACCACACAGUGCGUAAUAGCGAAGAUCUGGAUUACAACGCGGCGGUAGCGAUGCUGGAAGCUUUGAUUCGCGAUAAGCGGGGGAGCCCGUGGCGGCACAUCACGAUCAACGUCGGCGGGUGGAAGCCGGUGAUGGUGCGCCGGUUAGGCGCUGCGUGGCGCGAUAAGAAUAUCCAGGGGAUAUAUGCUGAGAGGUGUUUCCAUAUGGAUAGGGACGAGGUGACGGGCGAAUAUGUGUUUAGGGAGGAGAAGGGCAAGGAUAAUACUUCUAUCUAGAGGAUGUGGUGGAUGGAAGAGCGUGCAGUUUCGACAUUUGGGAUAAGUAGGUACCUAUCUAACCUAUGUACCUAAAGCGAGUGGAUGGAGUGCAGGUUGCCUAAGUACUAGAGCGCUAAUUGUUAAUAUAAUACUAUUCUGAGUUGGGAAGUUCUCUUGUCUUUUUCUACGCCACCGCGUCUCUCCUAUGAAGCCCGGCUCUAUAUCACUACCUACUUCUACAACCCGACUCCUCAUCCUCUAGGCCAUGGCUUUACUUCCUCGCUCUCGAUGGAACCAGGCUAAAUCGAACGGCUUCGUGGAGCGUGGCCACAGUAGGCGGCUUUAGAAUGCAAAAGCAGAUAGGGGUGCAAAGGAGAGACUAGGAUAAUUCCGAAAAUGGGGUUGCUAAUAUGUUCGAAGGGUGAGCAAGGCGGCUAACCCAACUAGUUUGAUCUAAGAGUCCUGCGACUGGGCACCUGUAGCACCCGAAUGUUGGCUCUUGAAGACUAUAUCUGCUCCGUCUCAUAACAUGUCGAAUAGAGAGAGGCAGUUGUUUCUAUGCUAUUUGGUUCCAACUCGUGACAUAGCCUCCAAGCACC